AUGAGGCUCGUGAUCUUUGCUGCUCUCGCCCUCGGGGCGGCCGCGGGCGCCUGCGGCCCGGAGGACGAUCUCAUCCAGGAAGAGACGUGCUGCGAGAAGAAGGCGUCGGAGGAGAGGUGCCACCGGUUCUUGGGGUGCGUUUGGACGGGCCCCGGGUCCGCCGAGCAGUGCGUCAAGCGGCCGCCCCCGCCCCCGCUCACGCCGGUCCUCGCGGCGCCCGACGCCUUCGAGGGCGGCGAGGCCUUCACCGAGGGCGGCGACGCGUUCGCGGGCGGCGACGGGCCCUCGUGCGCGUCGAAGAAGGGCCGCGACUCCAAGUCCUGGCACCGGAAAGACGCCCCGACGAAGACCUGCGCGUGGGUCGAGAGGAAGCCGACGAAGCGGUGCCGCAAGAAGGGCGCGACCGGCGCGCGGGCCUUGACGGAGUGCGUCCGCGCCUGCGCGUCGUGCCCCUCCGGGGGCGCGUGCGUCGACGACGCGACGUGGUCGCACACCAACAAGAAGAACAAGGAGAUCGACUGCGUCAGCGUCGCGCGCAACGCCGGGCGCCGCUGCGCCUUGCCGGGCGCCGCGGCGGCCUGCGAGCGGACGUGCGGUGGGUGUUCCGGCGACGCGGGCGCCGUCGUCGGCGCGACGACGACGACGGUCGCAUUCGCGGGUGGGGCGGAGUGCGAGAACGACGAGACGUGGACGACGCCCAAGGGCGUGGGCUGCGGCAACCACCGCAAGAAGAAGUGCAAGCAGCAGACCGGCUGCACGUGGAAGAGGGGGUGCAAGGACGACAAGGCGAAGUCGUGCGGCGACCUCUUCAAGAAGUACGACAAGAAGAAGGAGCAGGGCAAGAUGAAGGAGAAGGACGAGAAGAAGGUCAGCAAGUUGUGCGACAAGAAGAAGGACGCCGCGAAGACCAAAGCCUCCGCCGCGUGUCGCGAGAGCUGCGGUACCUGCCCGGCGGAGAGUCCUCCGGGGACCGCGAGCCCGACCCCGACGCCCCUCGGGCAAUGCGGCUGCGGGCUCGUCGCGGGCAAGUCGUGCACGGGCCUCGUGGGCAACGAGGGCGCGCCUCCGGACAGCGCGUGCGUCCUCUACUCCUUCGCGGACUGCGAGACGAAGGCGCCGUGGGUCGGCUGCGUCUGGGAGCUCCCUCUGACGCCCGCGCCGACCUCGCCCGCGCCGACGCCCGCGCCGACGGUCACGCCGAUGUGCAACCCGAAUUGCGACCUCUCGCCGACGCCCGCGCCGACGCCCGCGCCGACGACGACGACGACGACGCGCGGCGCCGUCUCCUGGACGCACGCGGGCACGUUCCUGGGAGCGGGGUACGACGACGCGGCCGGGCUCGAGGGCUCCUUCGCCGUCUCGGGCGACGGGCGCGCGGUCGUCUACGGACUGAGCGGAGGCAAUCCGUUGCGCGUCCGCGAGCGCCGGGAGGACGGGAGUUGGACGUCUCCGCAGCUCGCCGACUGCGGCGCUUACAACUGCGGGAGAGAAGCGGAUAUCUCGCGCGACGGCUUGGUCGUCGCGGGGAGCGCGUCGAAGGACUGGUCCGGCAGGGUCGUCGUCCACCGGCGUCCCGCCGGCGGCGCGUUCGAGACGAGCGUGGCCCUCGAGGGCGGAGCCUUCCUAUACCCGAAGGCCGUCGCGCUGUCGGCCGACGGCGGCGUCGUCGCGGCGCUGCUCACCGACCGGGCGGCCGCCGCGGCCUGGGACGGCGCGUCCUGGCGCAGCCUCGCGCCCUGGCCCGACGCCGGGUCCCACCGGUGGACUUGCAUGGACCUGAGCGCGGACGGUUCGACGCUCGUCCUCGGCUCCUACUACUCGCCCCACUUUGACAACUGGUACGCCGCCGCCGGGGCCGAGGAGUGUCGGGCGCGCGCGUACCGCUGGACGCCGACGGCGGACGACCCCUUCGAGGGCUCGUGGGUCCAGGUCGGCGGCGACGUCGAGACGGCGCUCGCGGGCGGGAACGAGCUCGUCCCGCAGUCGGUCGCGGCGAGCGCCGACGGGCGGGCGAUCGCGGUCGGGAGCAACGGCUACGAAAACCACGCGUGGACGACGAUGAAGGGCCGCGUCGAGGUCUACGACCUCGUCGACGGCGCCUGGUCGCCGCAGCCGGUCCUCGAGGCCGACGAGGGGGGCACGAAGUUCGGCGAGGACGUCGCGCUGAGCGACGACGGGAGCGUCGUCGCGUUCUCCGCGCCGCGGGAGCUGUCCGACCAGAAGGGCGUCGUCCGCCUCUUCCACUGGGACGGGCACGCCUGGACGCAGGACGGCGCCGACAUCAACGGGGUCGCCAAGGGCUCCUUGUCGGCGGGAGGCCUCCGAGGCGUCGAGAUCAACGCGGACGCCUCCGUCGUCGCCGCGGGCGCGUUCUACGCCACGGACUCCGGUAGCAUCCGCGUCUACGAGCACGCGCCGCGGCCGACGCCCGCGCCGACGCCCGCGCCCACGGCGACGCCGAAUUCGCCCGCGCCGACCGUGCCCUCGACGCCCGCGCCGACGGCGACGGCGGCGACGACGACGGCGCCGCUGGACGCGGAGGAUCUCGCGAGCUACGAGGGCGAGAUCGUCCGCCUGGAGACCGGGUCCAGCUGCGUCGAGGUCAAGGUCGGGCACUACGUCGGCUACUCGCCGGGCGACUGCGACGGCCAGGCGAACACGGUCGACUACGGCACCUACGAUGCUUCGAGCGCCAACAAGAAGAAGGUCCAGCAUUACACGGGCGGCGACCUUUGCACGACCUGCGAGCACCUGGAAAGUUGCUUUGGCUACUGGUGCGAUUAUUGGACUGGCCUCGAAGGAUCCUCGCACACGUGCAAUAGCCUCGACUGGCAGUUCGGGUGCGACUGCGACGGCUGCAGCUGCACGAAGCCGCCCAAGGACGCCACGGAGUCGACGCUGGAACUCGUCCCGACGUCGCAGCUCGCCGCGGGCGCGCGGGAGCUGUCCUUCGCGCAGGUCGACGGAUGCACGUGGUCCUUCGAGCUCAGGGUCGGCACCUGA